AUGCAGGUGGUGCAGCACAAGGCCAAGGUCGUCCAGGCCUUCGCGGGCGAGGGCAUGUCGCUCGGAGGGGGUAGCGGCGGUGGCGCAGCCGGCGCUGCCGCCGCGUCGCUCACCCCUGCGGAGGCGGCGGCGGAAGCUCGAGCCAGGCGUUUGGCGCGCUUCGGAGCGAUGGAGACAACCGGAGACGGAGCGAAGCCGGAUCCUGAGGUUGCCAAGCGCAACGCAAAGAUUCUUGCUUCCGCUGGACCCGCCGAUUUGCCCCCCGUUGCCGCCGCUUCGUCCUCCUCCGCGAUGGAUGUUGAUCCCCCCGCCGUCCCCGGUGGCGGUGCGCUCGGCGGAGGUUCGAAACCUAGGCGGGCGGCGGACCCCGCGCUAGUCAGGCAGCUCACGGAGAUGGGAUUCGCGGAGGUGAGGGCGAAGAAGGCGCUCAUGUUCGGCAACGGGAACGACCUGGAGAACGCUGUGAACUGGAUCAUGGAGCACGAGGAAGACGCGGGCAUCGACGACCCCAUCCCGGAGGGCUACCAGCCGGCGGCGGUGGGGGCGGCGGCCCCGAUGGACGCCGACAACGGUAAAAGUGCUGCCGGUGGCGUGGCGCAGAGCUUAAAGUGCGACGACUGCAAUGUGAUCCUCAAGGACAUGGCGGCGGCAGAGCUGCACGCCAGCAAGGCAUUCUCCCGCCACCCCUCAUGA